AUGGCUUCAACAGACCCAUUGCUGAUAUCAGCUGAGCAUGUUCGACCUUCAGAACACACCGUACUCGCAGAACCUGACCAAGACGAGAUUCAGCCUGUUCGCCAGAAGCUCACAGAAAACACGGCUAACAAGGAUACAACAUCCGAACUUCCACGGCAAACUACCGAAGAUAUGGACCGGAGCGAUCCAGGACCUUCUACGAGCGGCACCACAGUCUCGGUUCCAUGUCAGUCGCAUGAGGAUCAGUCUGAUCUAGAAGAUACUGUGAAAGCCGACAGCGCAAUCCGAGAGAAGAGACCGACGUUCAGGUCCAAGCUCAGAUCAAGAUGGCAUGCAUUCGCGACCGCGUUCGCCGAUGGUUGGGCUUUCGAAAAGGCCAGUAUUAUCUGCUCGAUGCUUUUGCUGGCGGCAUUAGCGAUUUUGUAUCGCGGGUUCGACGGCAAAUCUACCACAGCAUGGUCUGCAGCCUUGUCGUUCGCCACGGUAAUCGCCAUUAUGUCUAAAGCCAUACAAGUAAUGCUUAUGUUGCCUGUCGCCGCCUCUAUUAGCCAAAUGGGCUGGAUGCAUUUCUACCGGCCACGAGCUCUUGUCGACUUCCAAAGAUUUGACGCGGCUUCGCGUGGUCUGUUCGGUGUCAUUGCACUGCUCGUCACUCGACCAUCUUUGUGGACUGCGCUCUCCGCUACACUGGCUAUCACUGCUUUGGGCAUCGAGGCAGCAGCCCAGCAGUGCCUCCAAACGACAGCCAUUUCUUAUCUGCCAGUACUUACCGAUAUUGAGCUGCUUGACUAUUUCGCCACUGAUUAUGAAUCAAUCAAUGUCGGCAUGAUCAAUGCAGGCACCGCCGCUAUGACUACCAAGAUCCCGGUGGUUGGGACAAAUUACCUAUUGGCACCGUCUCAAAGAGUUGAAACAUUAUUGCCUCAAAAGCUGAUUUAUCGUUGCCAGACGGCAAAUUGCGUCCAGCCGAAUCCAUACGUCACCCUCGCCUUUUGCUCGACGUGCGAGGAUGUGAGUGGUGCCCUCUUAAUGAAUGAAUGGUGUUCACAACCCGGCGGCGACGUUGAUGAACCGUGCGGUGUCUCGAUGCCAGGCGGUCCGGCUUUGUACUAUCCAUCGCAAGGCAUAGCGCUCAACGCAACGCCUAUCGCACCGUCCACAUCCUCACACCCUGGCCCGCUCCUUCUAGCUAAAUUUACCAUGGUGGAACAAAUCGUUCCGUUCGAGACUGCUGGCGACCAGCCCCUGGACUUCGCGGCGCAGACAUGCUCUAUCACGCUGUGUGCCAAUAUAUAUAGUCUUGAUAUCAGUCAAGGAGAUACCGGAUCAAGUGGUGCCACCGAGUCACUGCUCGCGAGCUUCCAGAAAGCUACUUAUGUGGAAGAGGCACAGGAAUACGAUAUUGUCGUGCCUGCAAACUCUACCUUGAGACUAACGCAUGGAACGACGAGCCACUGGCAGGGGGGUACCGUGACACUGACUAUCGAUGCAAACAGCACGGCCUUUUUGAGACACUACCUCUUUUCGGUCUUCACGGGCACAGGUUCACUGCCAGAAUAUAGCGGUCUUUUGGCGACGAACGACGACUUCACGAUGACCGAUCGGCUCAAGCUUGCAUCGCAAGUUGCACAACAGCCUACAGGAACAGCUCUUUGGGAUCGCAUUGUGUACUCGCUUGUAGCUUACAAGUUCGAGAAUGCAGGCGAUUACUUUUUUCAAAUUGAUUCCGUCGUUAGUCAGGUUAUUCGCUCCAUGGGCAAUUGGUUGCGCGACUUCUAUCCAUCAGAACAGGGCAAGGGAUUCAAAGACGUGCAAAAUGUAAAUGGUUUGGCCAACGGAGUGUCCGCAGCACGCAUUCAGCUCCCGAGCAGCUACAAAAUCCAAUGGAUCUGGCUACUCAUACCAGCGGCAGCCGCAAUCCUCGCGUUAUUCCAGCUCAUCAUAGCGAUUUCCCUUUCUAAAUCGUACAAGGUUCCAAUCUGGAAAUCGAAUACAUUGGCGGUCAUGCACCACGGGUACAGGCGUCGAGAUGAAUUCGGAGCCAAGUCCCUCCAGAAGCUCAGUGCCCUGGACCAUGCGGCUGGACAAACACAAACCAUACUGGCCUCCGCAGCCACGGACCGACGGCUGGUCGACCUUGAGGAAGCUCCUGUUGAAGUUGAGCGAUGGGAAAAUAUGAGUCGCUUUCAAAGAAUUCGCUUUCGAUGUCGCUGGAACUGA